UAUAAUAAACAAAAAUGGUUGAGAAGUGAAGUGAGAUAUAUUAUUAUUAUAGCAUCACUUGUAAUCAUAAAUGGCAUCGAACUCAAUUCACAUGUUGUUCGUUUCUUCCUUCAGUUUGUGUUUCCCAAAUUCAUCUCGCUUUCAACUUUCAAAGCUCUCACCACAAUUUAAACCUCUGAAUUCCAUUCCUCUCAGUGGAAGGAAACACUGCAACAUUGUUCGAUUUCCCAGAGAAAGAACAAGGACCAGAGCAACCAUUGAUGAUGUUGAAACAGACCAACUUUCCUCAACACCCAUUGUUGAGAAUGAGAAAGCCAAAAAGGAUGUAGAGGAAAGUGUGAAAGUGUUAAAAGAUGCAGCUAAGACAAGAAAGGUUGCAGCAGAGGAGGUUCUUUCUGCACUGUCUAUCCUUGAGAAAGCAAAAGUUGAUCCUUCUGGUUUUUUUGAAACCCUCGGUGGCAAUAAAUCUCCUGGGAGGACCUGGAUGCUGAUUUUUACUGCUGAGAAAAAAUUAAAAGGUGGUCGGUAUUUUCCUCUCACAGCAGUUCAGAGGUUUGAUGCCACUGCAAAGAGGAUCGAAAAUGGAGUAUAUCUUGGACCCAUCGGACAGUUAACAUUUGAAGGCAGACUUUCAUGGAAAAAGAGAAUACUGGCUUUUGUUUUUGAGAACAUACGAGUAAAACUUGGACCCUUUCAACCUCUACAGAUCAGUCUAGGAAAAAAGGAAGAUAGGGAACCGGACAAUAAGGAUCCUUUCUUCAUCUGGUUUUAUGUUGAUGAGGAAAUUGCGGUUGCUCGAGGCCGGAGUGGAGGAACUGCAUUCUGGUGCCGGUGUCGGCGGGUCAAUAACUGAUUCUUUCUAACUUUUUUUGUUUUGAACUUUCUUUUCAACUUCUGAAUUUGGAUGGAGUGAUUUAUGUAUAUAUGUAAGCAUUUAACUUCAGUUGGAGGUAAACAUAAUUGUUCUUGUAUAUUAUUGUAUAAUUAUAUUGAAGUUCGUGUGUUUCAUGAUA